CGCACGUGACAUCCGUCCUACUUGCUGCGAGUCUAGCACGACCGCUACUCUUUUGUCCGUCUUCUCCCAGCACGACCGUCUCCGACCCAUUCACUUGUCCAUUCAGUUGGGACUUUGUUGAAAUCCUCAAAAAUUAUUUUCUAUGGUGGUCUAGCCCGACCCUACACGACAUGUUACGCCAACUGGUCUCAGAAAUCUGGUAUGCAAGCUGUUUUCCAAUGUCGACCAUUCACCACCACGCCUUCUGUGGCUGACACACCUGCUGCCGAGGACCUCACGCCAAGGCUUUCCCUAUUUUCAUCUCCUCGAAUUCGCCUUUGUCCCCACCGCACGCAAGUCGCAAGUUCCGUUGGCCAAGUACUUCACCCGACUAACACCAAGCUUGAUCUGACGCAACAACCUUUCGCCAAUGGUCAUGCCUCUCUCUGCGUCAUGCCCGUUCGUGCCCGACACAGCAAGAGAUCGGCGCCGAGAACUUGGGCUGCUUCACGGAAGCUCUGCAGCCGACAACAAUUUGAGCACGUUGCGUGGCGCUUGCCUCCCCCGAUGGCGAACGAGUGGGUUCCUGUGCUGUGCUGGUCCACGCGACCGUCUGAACGGAGACCGACCCUAGAUGUGUUCUAGCUGCUGGAGACGAUGUAGAUCGCAAGGCGCGAUGUGUCGAUAGCAUUGAUAGUCGCAGAUAGCGUUAUAGACUUUAUGUGACUGCCUGUUAUCGCACCGAGUCAUUAUCGUCAUUUCUCGACCACUACCAGCCCAGCCCCCGGAUACGGGUCCGGCGCUUGCCUCCAUCGCUCUGGCAUCCAUGUAUGCGCUCAUACCUGCCUAUUACAGCUUUUAGGCUGGCUCGCUUGGCUGCGCAGAUGAUAGACAGGGAAAUGAUCCUUCCGUGGUUCCAACUUCCCUUGUCUGCCACCCACACCCACCAGGCUUCUUUCUGCACAGACCUAAGGCGCGUCGAAUCUCUUUCCGUGCGCGUGCUGCGGCGGCUAAAAAAGAAUCUGCAUAGAUCUGCCCACGCGCCUGCCGCGGACCAAGUCCGAAUAUAUUUGUCCUUGCUUUCCCCAUCAACCAGCUGCUCCUCCCUCGAACAGACCCUUCCUCAUGUCUCAACCCCCCGAACACUAUGCCCACUCCAUGCAAGAUCAGCUUGGCUCGCCAGAAUCCGUCUCCUCGGAGCUCUCGGAUGCGGAGGACGAGGAGGACUGGGAGGACUACAAACCGGGCGGAUACCACCCCGUGAAGAUUGGUGAUGCCUUCUCUGAUAAUCGCUACGUUGUCGUGCGCAAAUUGGGCUGGGGACAUUUCUCUACAGUUUGGUUGACAUGGGACAGCAAGUCUAAACGACAUGUCGCGAUGAAAGUAGUCAAAUCGGCCGCACGAUACACGGAGACAGCGCUCGACGAAAUCAAACUCCUCCAGCGCCUUAUCACGUCUAGCUCCCCCAAUGGGUCGAACAACCAUCCCGGGCGCUCUCAUGUCAUCUCGUUCCUGGACCAUUUCCGUCAUAACGGGCCCAAUGGCACGCACGUGUGUAUGGUGUUCGAGGUUUUGGGAGAAAGUCUACUGGGUCUCAUCAAGCGGCAUCAGAACAAAGGUGUCCCCAUGCCCAUGGUGAAGCAAAUCGCGAAACAGGUGCUGCUCGGGCUGGACUACAUGCACCGCUGCUGUGGGGUCAUACACACCGACAUCAAACCCGAGAAUGUGUUGGUGCACAUCGACGACGUCGAGUCCAUUAUCCAAUCGGAGCUUGCACUGGCAUCCGCUUCGCCCUCAAGCUCCGCGCCGAAGCCCAAGAUCAUCGGCGUCCCGCCAUCGCAGGGCCGUGGCGGAAAUCAGACGCCGCGCACGCAAUCGUCCAUCUUUGUGUCGCAACCGCUUCCGUCGCCAAAGAGCAGCAGCAGCCUCAGUUCGAGCUACAUGUCCGCAGCCAGCGUCGACCGCUGGGGCCUGGGCAUGACCCGAAUAGACGGCAGUGCAAAAAGCCCUGUCGGGACACCAACGGCGACGACACCCAAUUCGGAGAUCGACCUGCAUUCGCUUUCGAUCUCACCCAAAUCGACACACUCGGCUAAUGUGUCGCUAUUGACACAGAACGCGCCUCUCAAAGGGGCGAUGCCCCCGAACGGAGGAUCUUCGGGGGACAUGGAGAUAGAUGUCGACCCGAACACAGCUGAUCUUGCGGAAAAGAUCACUGUGAAGAUCGCUGACUUGGGAAAUGCCACCUGGACACAUCAUCAUUUCACAGACGACAUCCAGACACGACAAUAUCGUUCACCGGAGGUCAUUGUUGGCGCCAAGUGGGGCCCGAGCGCUGAUAUCUGGAGCGUCGCUUGUGUGAUCUUUGAGCUCAUAACAGGGGGAGACUACCUCUUCGAUCCCGCAAAGGGCACUCGGUACACAAAAGACGAUGAUCAUAUGGCUCAGAUCUUGGAGCUGGUGGGUGAUGUUCCCAAAGCUAUCGCCUUUGGUGGAAAAUACAGCUCGGAAUUCUUCAAUAGAAGAGGUGAACUGCGGCACAUCAGCAAGCUGCGCUACUGGCCACUGGAGUUGGUACUGCACGACAAGUACCUGUUCCCGAAAACGGAGGCAGACGACAUCGCCUCGUUCCUAACCCCGAUGCUCCGACUGCACCCUGACAAGCGGGCCAAGGCAAGCGACAUGGUGCACCACAAGUGGCUCGAGGGCGUCGUCGUGCAGGGCGACGUGGAUGUCAUCCACCGCGCAGAACGGGAGGACAUGUCUUCCUCCGUCAGCCCGCCGUCGUCGAAAAUGAUGCAGGGAGACACCAACAUGGGCAGUCCGCCGACGAAUGGUGUACAGGCUUCGAUCAAGCGACCACAGGCAGAAACCGAUGCGCUGAAGCCGGUCGGCGAGCUUCCGGCGCAGGCGGAGUAGGGUCGACGAGAGAAGUGCUAAUCUAAUCUAAUGUGCCCCGCCUGUCUAGAGGUGAUUGAUUGUGUACGACGUACCACAUCUGUUGUAUUUGUGUCUCAUAGCAGCCCAUCCAUUUCUUCGAUACCCGCGGCCUUUCUUGUGGCUGAAAUAUAGACUGGUUAUCAGUCGAGUGUGCACUUCAACGAGAUGACCCUCAAGUGAAAACGGCUCUACUUGGCACACGCCUGUUCAGUCACCUGCCGGCGUCCAAUCGCGUUGACUACUGCUCAGAAAGUCUAUAUGUUUCCAAGGACUUCCUUCUGAAUUAAAAUCUUUCUCUUUUUUCCGGUUCAGUUUUCAGUUUGAUAGUGUGAGAUUUGAGAAUACAAUUCGCUACAGUUGGUAGAGGAGCGGUCCACGGAGUUCUAUACAGUUAAAGAUCAGUCAACGUGCGGGUUACUACUAAUACAGAUAUACGUUUCAAGUCGAGGUAUAAUGAACAGAAGAACAUUCGUUCAUCCCGGGGAGUGGAAUGAUGAACGAUGGGGGUGCGGAUACACGAGAGAUCGAAUCCAACAACGGCUGUGAAAUCAGACCAUGUGAUCGCGCUCAAAUGCAACGGCGCUCAGAGCCGGAGCUCUUCGGCAACGCUGCGCCACCACGCGCACCGCCGCGGGUAGUCCGCGUCGAUGUACGACAUCGCGCUGGACGCAGCCGACGCGCCGGUAUUCGGGACCAUGAAUCCGCCGUUCUGGCUCGCCGGCUCCCAGCGCGGCGCGCCAGGGGCCGCGUGCGUGUUGGGGUCGAGCGUCAUCGCGAAGCUGGACCACCACGCGACGGCCUGUUUCGCGAGGUCCGCUUCGGCGGGCUUGAAGGCGGUGAAUACGGGCUGCGCGACGGACGCGCUGGGGCCCGAGUUCGU